GGAAGAGGGACAUUAGCUUGGCGCGUAAAAAUGGCUGCAAUUAAUUUGAAGUUAAAGGCAGUCCCAGAGGAAAAGACCUCAAAUCCAAACCCUAACCCUAACGAUGGUGCAAAGGGGAAGAGGAUUAAGGACCUGGGUAACGGAAGCCAAGUAGUGUAUUUUCCGAGCUUCUUUGGGUACGAGCAAUCAUGGAGUUUCUUCAAUUACCUCGACAAGCAUAUUCGUUGGACCAGACCUACCAUUCGCGUCUUCGGUCGCUCCUGUCUCCAGCCUAGAGAUACAUGUUACAUUGCAAGCUCCGGAUUGCCGGAGUUGGUUUACAGUGGAUAUCAACCACAUGCUUAUUCUUGGGAUGAUUUUCCUCCACUCAAGGAGAUUUUGGAUGCAGUCCAUGAAGUGCUUCCAGGAAGUAAAUUCAACAGUUUGCUUUUAAAUAGGUAUAAAGGCGGCAAUGACUAUGUGGCUUGGCAUGCUGAUGAUGAGAAGCUUUAUGGACCAACCCCAGAAAUCGCUUCGGUUUCUUUUGGAUGUGAAAGGGAAUUUCUGUUGAAGAAGAAACCCAGAAAAUCAUCCCAAGGGAAAGUAUCCAAUGAAGAGCCUACGACCAAGAGAUUGAAGAGUAGCAACUCGGAUGAUCAGCACUCCUUCACACUAAAGCACGGAUCAUUGUUAGUAAUGAAAGGUUACACACAGCGGGAUUGGCUCCACUCUGUGCCAAAGCGAGCCAAGGCAGAGACAACUCGAAUCAACCUCACCUUUAGACUUGUUGUUUGAUCAGAAUCUUGGGAGCAAUGAAACAAUGACUUGUUCUGACUCUCAUUUUUCUUUUUGUGCUUAAUGUGGAUAAGAUAUGCAGAACGCUUUCAUUGGUGGAGCUGUUUUGUGAAUAUGUGAACAAACUGACCAAGUUAAAUAGCCAAAAGUGGAUGUGCAACAAGAGACUUAUUGCGUUUCGGCGUAUUUUGAAUGAUAAAGAGGAUUUCAAAAGUGGAACAAUCAAGGAAAAGGUGGUUUUUUGCUUCCGGCUAACUCCCGUUACAGGAUGUCUGGAGUCGGCUUAUGCAGUCUACCCAGGAAACACUACAUAACCAAAA